AUGCCGAUAGUGGUGGUGCGGGAUGGUGUUGGUAUUGACGGCGACGGCGUUUUGAAGAAUUCUGAUUCUGAUUUUGGCUUUAACGGUUUUAUGUUGUUGUUCGUGUGGGCUGUGCAUAUGAUUCAUGUGAAGGAACGUAGAGAUGACCCAAAAAGCAUCAACUUCCAUGAGGAGUACAAUAGUGUAUUAAGGACAAAAUCCUAUGUUAAUUUCUUCAAUAAAGUUCAAUUACUUGCAAACCAACCUUCCUCUAAUGACAACCAUAACAAAUUUUCAGAAAUCCUCCUUGAACCUUGCCAAGAAACUAUAACUUCCAUUCUUGAUUCAGCAACCCUUUCAAUGACACCAGAACUCAAAAACCUCAUGCUCAGUUACUUUGACAUUAGUGCAGAGGCCUCACAGAUUUGCUGUCAUCUUCUCAAAAGCAUCAACCAACUCCACUCCAAUUAUCAGUUUAUUCAAAGGGCACUAGACAUUAUGGAUGGCGACUCUUUGGAAACUUUUGACCUAAUCACCUUCGGGCUUAACUCAUUCAAUUACUCAAAUAACCCUUUUUCAAACCUUAAAAACCAUGACUUCAAGCUCAUCACUGAUAAGCUCUCAUCAAUAUUGCACCAUCUAAAGUCAAUGAGAAAAAAAGUGGGAAGGAAAAUUAAGCUUAUGAAGUAUUUGAAGAAUACAUCUGAGGUUUGUGUCACAGCAGCUUGUGGCAUAGUGGCAAUCACAGCCAUGGUUAUAGCAGCACAUACUCUAACAGCAGUUAUUAUGGGACCAGCAAUUCUUAGUUUUCCAUUUAAGCAUUUUAAGAGGAAGCUUAGAGCCUAUGAAUUUUCAGGAAAAGGGUCUCAGAGUAAAGUUUAUGAUCAGCUUGGUAUAGCAGCAAAGGGAACUUAUAUAUUGAAUAGAGACUUUGACACAAUGAGUAGACUUGUAGCUAGGCUUCAUGAUGAAAUUGAGCAUAGCAGGGCAAUGGUGCAAUUAUGUUUGGACAGGAAAGAGGACAAAUUCUCUUUGCAGGUGGUGAAGGAGCUUAAGAAAAGUGAUGUUCGGUUCAGGAAACAAGUGGAAGAACUUGAAGAACAUGCGUGCUUGUGCCUUGUAGCAAUAAACCAGGCAAGGACCUUGCUUCAGCACAUAGCUGGUGUUCUGGGCACCUUCUACCGACUUACAGCUUCUCGUGAGCAACGUGAACUACACCCAUGA